AUGGCCGACGAAACCAAGUUCGUUCCGCCGCACCUUCGCAUCAGGAGGCCGCCCAAGGAGUCACAAUUUCUGGAGACCACCAGUGGCAGUCAAGCAGUGACCUCUACCGGCAACUCAAAGGAGACUUCCCCUAUGGAGAUCAGCCCCCAAUCUGGAGAGGAUGCUGGAGUCAAGCUGGACACUGGUACUGCCGACGCUGCCGCUGGAGCCACUGAGGAUCAAGCCGCAACCACUUCCACAGCCGGAGCCGGAGCCGGAGCCAUUGCCAAUGCCACGCCUAAUGCCGAAGCCUUUCGUCAACUUCUUUUGCAGCAACAUGAUGUGGUGAAGAGGUCUGACACUUUGCUGACUCAAUCCAAUAGACUAGUCACGUACCCAGACAGCGAAGACGACGAAGAACCGCUCACGAUGAUGCCCAGUGGUCGAGCUCGAGCUGCAGCAGGUACGCAAACCACCGCCGAAGCUACACGCCGUCAGCAACUUCCACCAAUCAAUACGGGUGUCAAUGCAGCGAACGAGAGCUCCGCCUCCACCCGUGGCGGUCGCGGAAAUCGCAGCGGUCGAGGUGGUCGUGCUCGCGGACGUGGCGGUCGAGGUGGUCAAGGACGUGGUGGCAACGCAAGUGCAGACCGCAAGAGCAGGUGGCCCACCUCCGCCGAGCAGAAGCCAGACCCGCACCGGUGGGACAUCAAAUGGGACUCUGAUGCUGACUCUCGCCGGAGCACUACGUGGUCGACCGCGGACGGCGGAGCGGAUCUCCAGGACUGGGCCGGUGGAAUGGCGCCGGCGCCGGUGGACUGGGACUCUCGACCAGCCGUUAUGAAAGGCAUGUACUCGACUGAGAAGAUCCAGGAAUGGCUGGGCCACCACAACCAGGUUAUGAAUGGCAGGAACACCGUCAUUCCUAGAGAUGAGAUCGAGGUUCCCAAAACCAACCUCAUCGAGCUGGGUGGGCGUCCUCUCGGUGAGGUCGCACCGGCCUACUGGGUGCCCAAGACCUCCCAGGCUUGGGAAGAGCUGCUCGCACCGCCCCCGGGUUUCUGUUCGGAUGGCGACGCUGCGGAUAUCCAGCCUUUCUGGGAGACAUACCAGAACAACAACCAGGACGGGAACUUGCUGGAGCCUCGCAUUCAGCCACCCGUUUCCGGGAUAGAUCCAGCAGAAGAGACCACUGACCAGAAGCUGGUACCAAACCCAUGGGCAAAACCCAACCAUGUCUGA